CAGCCGCCUUCCGUCUGUGUCGGCGUCUCCGUGGCCUCCUCCUUCUCCCUUCUCCGCGGCGUCUCCCCCUUCUAGCUCGGCACGUCGUCCUCUCCCAGGUGAAAUCGCUGCUCGAGGCCUCCAGCUGGUGCGCCGUGGUGUCUCCGUCGUCUGGCCGUCGUGUCUUCGUCGUCUCGCCGUCGUCUUCCUGCUGUCAGUGAAAGUUCGGUUCUGCCAACUAUGCACGAGGGCCAAGGCUACAAGCAGAAGUAGGCAGCAUCUCUGCUCGCUCAUUCACGUCGUGGUCGUCUCAUCAUCGCUUCUAUGAGUGGAUUUUCUUAGCUAUGUUGGCGACACUCGAGAGAAGGCCAUCACAAGCUAAGUACCAAAAAUAAGAAGCAUCAUUUUAAGCCAUUGUGCUAUUUCAAAUCCGAUCGCUCAAGUAAAGGACAUGAACCUAUUGUCAAGCUUCUUUAGACACCAAAACUCUCACCCUUUCACCCCUUUCCUCUUUCUCCAAAGAAGAUGGAAGAAACCAAUGAUCUCUGCACAAACCCGUUUAGAAAACAGGGUUCGAGACACUCACCUUGAUAACCUUGUAACCUGCAUGUCCAAGUUCAGACUCAUCCUUGGAAUCCACACCUUCAUGUCUUCCCGGAAGCGUGGAACCUUCGUUUCCCUGCAGCUCAUGUCCCGCUGGAGGAACAUCCUCGGACUCAACGUCCCUAUUGGCUCCUUCCUCCGCAAGUACCCACACAUUUUUGAGGUGUUCCUUCACCCUGUAAAGAAGAACCUGUGUUGCAGGGUCACAAGGAAAAUGAAGGAGCUGGUCCUAAUGGAACGUGUUGUUGUGAGGAACAAUGAGUUGGAGGUUGUGAAGAGGGUGAAGAAGCUUCUGAUGAUGUCAGUGAAUGGCACACUUCGUGUUCACGCUUUGAGGAUGAUUAAAAGGGAGCUUGGUUUGCCUGAUGAUUUCCGAGACUCAAUUUUGGGAAAGCAUAGUGAUGAGUUCAGGUUGGUUGGCUUGGAGGUUGUGCAAUUGGUUCGUGAAAAUGGUGAAUUUGGGGUUGUUGCUGAGGUUGAGAAAUGGAGGAAAAAAGAAUACACUGAAAAAUGGUUGAGUGAGUUUGAGACCAAGUUUGCAUUCCCAAUUAACCUCCCAACAGGUUUCAAGAUUGAGAAAGGAUUUAGAGAGAGAUUGAAGAAUUGGCAGAGGCUUCCUUAUACUAAGCCUUAUGAGAGCAAAGAGGCCAUAAGGGUUAGAAACUCGGGCAGUAUUGAUCGGUAUGAGAAGAGAGCUGUUGCGGUUCUUCACGAGCUUUUGAGCAUGACUGUCGAGAAGAUGGUUCAUGUUGAUAAUUUGGUGCAUUUUCGCAGAGAUUUCGUAAUCGAGGUUAAUUUGCGCGAGUUGUUGCUGAAGCACCCUGGGAUAUUCUACAUAUCCACAAAGGGAAAAACUCAGACUGUUAUUCUUAGGGAGGCGUAUAGGAAGGGGAGUUUGAUUGAGCCUAAUCCUGUUUACACUACUCGGAGGAACAUGUUGGAGCUUGUGUUGUUGCGGCAUAGGAAGACAAAACAAAUGGUAGAUUUUGAUGAACCGAGUAAAGGGGGUAAUAGUGUGGUAUGUAAAGCGGAUGGAGGAGUUAAAAGAGAAGGAGAUUGGGUGAUUCCAUUCUUGGAGAGUUGUGAGGAGAAGAGGUCAUUUUGAUAUUAUGGACUAUGGAGAAGGUUGCAGAGGCUAUGUGAGAAUUUUUUGCAUGAUUAGUGAUUUCAUGAUUAAUGGACCAAAAUCAUUCAGGUGUGGAUAAGGAGGUAGUUUCUUGCUGCAAAAUGUUGACUGCCCCUAGUGGAAAAAGGUGGUUGUUGCUGCUGCUGCUUCCGAGCAAUGUCCUUAUGGGAGACUGGGAAGAAACAACUAACUAUCAUGAAUGCUUGUUCAUCCACAUUUCCCUCCAAGGAGCUGACCCUUUCUGCGUGAAGCUUUCGGAUUUGGGUCAAAUGAUGCUUCCAUCAAGGGAGGCUGCCAGACGAAGCUAUGAAGGAACCAAUUUCUUUUCCGAGUGGGAUGGCAAGGAUAUAUAUGACAAGCCCGUUGUGCGUGCAAGGACCAUGACUAAGAAAAUGACUUGGAAGGAACUCCGUUCAUAUCGAGGGAAUUAGCAUCAACUCUAGAAACCACCAUCACUGCACGUCUGCAUACAUCUUCAAAUCCCGAUUUAUGCUUGGUCCAAUUGGUGAAUGCUAUUUACACUUUCACAACUUCAUAAAACGGGUCUUGUUUCAUUGUGAUGGUUGCUAUUUUGAGAUUGGGUGUCUAUUGAGCGCUCUAAAAAGUCCUCUGUCUCUGCAUGCAUCAAAAUUGGAAGAGACUGUCAUACUGGGAGAGAAACUUGAUGUGUUUUAUAAAAGAUGUGCAUAGCAUAUGAGGCUCGGUUUCAUGAAAUUGAUUGAAAUCUGGUUCAGCAUGUUAAAGCUAGAAAUUAGAGUAUCAUGGGUCCACACAAUAAUGCUCAUGAAAACCAUUUAAAUAAUGAGCAGAUUAUGCUUGCUUAAGCAUUGGGUUUUGAAAAGAGAAAUUGAUAUAGUUCAGCUUCAGUAGAUGGUAUGCUUGUUGCCUGUUUAGAGCCCAUGCCUGCUUACAAAAAGAAGCGAUUUUUUCCCUUUUAAUUUCAGAGUCUAAUAUGGAUGAAGAAUAUUACAUGCAAUCUUACACUAAAUUUGAAAUUCUGUUAAAUAUCGGGAGUUGUUCAUAGAGAUGUUAAACCUGGAAAUUUGCUCUUUUCUCGAAAACUAAGCAAGGAUUACCUCAUUAUUUCAACCUUGCCAUGGUUAGGUUGCUUCUCUUGCUACACUGUUUCUUAUAUUCAAUUAGAGUAAAAUAUUUUCUACAUAUAAUCUGAUUAUUUUUUGUUGCAUUCUAUCUAGGAUUUAAAGUAGAAGUACAACAGUAAAAAUAAGCUUGUCAUUAAUAUUGGCAAUAUGUACAUUAAUGUAUUCUGAAAUUUAAAAAUUAAUAAUGUUAUGUGAAAUUUAU